GCGGUACGAUGACGUCUAUAAUGCACAUGGUGGUAGAGAACUAUAGUGAAUUCGUUGAAUCAAGAGUUUUGUUUAUAUUUCAGAUCCAAUAGUAGACUCAUGGCUGUUUAUGAAAUCACCAGUUCCUGUAGUUACGAUACUAAUCACAUAUCUCUACUUCGUUUUGAAGCUGGGACCAAAAAUGAUGGCGAAACGUGAACCAUACAAUCUUCAGACACUCUUAGUGGCUUACAAUGCUUACCAAGUGCUGUUCAGCAUAUGGUUAUGUUCACAAGCCCUCAAAGUACAGAAGCCAAUGCAACUGUUGAAACACACGUGCAAGAAUCCUUCCACGAAUCGGGAGUUCCAGGAAGUUCUCUCCAAUGGAGCAUGGUGGUACUUCUUCUCCAAAAUAGUGGAACUUCUAGAUACGGUGUUCUUCGUUCUGAGGAAGAAACAGUCUCAGGUGACGUUUCUACAUGUGUACCACCACGCAAUUACAAUGUUCUUCUCUUGGGGAUACCUCAAAUUUCUACCAGGUGAACAGGGUGUAGUCAUUGGAUUCUUGAACUCACUAGUGCAUGUGGUGAUGUAUUUCUACUAUAUGGUGGCUGCAAUGGGUCCAAAAUACCAGAAAUACCUGUGGUGGAAGAAGUACAUUACCUGGAUCCAACUCACCCAGUUUUGCAUAAUGUUGGCCUACCUCUUUUCGAUCAUCCUGAUGGACUGCAAACUACCGAAGGCCUUGACCUUCUUCUUCGUCGGCAACGUAGUGAUAUUCCUGUACCUCUUCAGCGAUUUCUACAGGAAGGCUUACAAGAAGAAACCGAAGACGGAGUCUCAAAGCACGAAUGGCCUCUCGAAUGGUCAUGCGAAGACAGUUAAAGAUCAAUAACACACCUUGUGAUGAAAUACAUAUUUAUUUACGUCGGCGUUACUUUUUCGGGCAAUUUUUAACCAAAUUGUUUUUUCGUUGUUGAUAGUCGAGAUCAUUAACCAAUGCUAUAUCUCUCGUAACAUGUCAAAAAAGCAAAACUUGAUACAAAGUGGUCCAUUUUUCGACUGGAGACUCCUGGGCAUUUCUUACAAGCUGGAACAAUUUAUCCGAUAAUAUGAUGUUUCAUGUUGAAUCUCUAUGAGUAACUUUGACCACAAUGCAAAAAUGUGAUUUCGGUAGAUUUGCUCUGAACUAUGGGGUUAUCUUCUCCUAGUGAAGCUGAUCAAAUGUUUCUCAUUGCAAAAAUUCGACUUAAUUUGGUCCAUUUUAUUUCCACUAGAGUAUGGUACUUAUUCAAGUAUGGUAGUUCAACAAUUAUCCUAAAAAUGAACAUAAAGUACCCAAAAAAAUUUUGCACGUGUGCUUGGGCUUGUUAAAAUCAAAGGUGCAACGAAUGACUGACUAAAGAAAACACUGUAUACUCAUAAUUUGUUGAGUUCAUUAAUACAGGGAUAUUAGGAAAAACAUCCAGACUAAACGAAAAAUAUUAUUUGUAUGAGAAUUGGCGAUAAGUCAAAUAUUAUUGAUUUUAAUAUUUAUUUUUCAUUUCAAUUUUGUGGAUAGAGCAUUUUAGUUGUAAAAUCCAUUUCUUGAGCUCUUUCCAAACUAUCUAAAUGAUUUUUCUGCUUUUAAUGACUCUGGUAUGCAGUUACAGAAUUUUGGUCCCAAGAAAAAAAAAACGAUGUUUCAGAUGUUUGUCGAAUACCCACUGACUUUUGAUUGAAUCUUGUUCUGUGGUAAUGAAUGACACACUUCAAGUGUUUCGAAUGUUUAAUGUAAUACAUAUAUUUAUAUAAAAAGUACUAUAACAAUGAACUUGUCUGCAAUCUAAUAAUUGAGACCUCCUCAUGCAGGAUCAACUUCAGAAUUAAUUUCCUGAUAACGUCAAUCUUUUUGUAAUUAUUACCUACAACUCCCCCGAAGCCAAAAUUCCGUAAAGUAUUAAAGGGUAGAUGAGAUGAUAAUAAAGAUUGUAUAGAUAUUUUUUAUCUGAAUUUUGAAAUAAUACUAUUCACCAGUUACAAUGCAUGGGCAUUCCAGUUUGUUUGUUCAAAACUACACCUAAGUUAUUUUAUUAGUUGACUGAUCUCAUGGGAACCACUGCUUGUAUGAAGCUCAAGCUUAAUAAAAUUAUAGAGUAUAAACUGACGUCUGCUUGUUUUCAUUGCUUGAGAAAAGGUAGAAGGUCACUUCAAAGCUGGAUGAAUCGGAGUAACGUCAACAAAAGAGUACUUCAACCAUAUCUCCCUUGUAGGGGGUCGUUUUUUCACUUUUAGUGUUGAAACAACUUAGAUAGAUACCAUAUUCUAGUGUAAAUACAAUAUGAAAAACGUAUUCUCUCCCGCAUUUGGGGUUAAAUUUUCAUUCGAAAGGUUGGGACACAUUCUUUGAGUACACGUUUCCAAGGCAUGGUCAUUUUGCUAUUUCUCUCAAAUACUUAAACCUUCCAAUGCUUUUGGUAUCUUUUUAUUGCUUCACACAAAGACAUGGUCCACAUUGUGUUAGAAUAGUACUUUUCCAGGAAUGCUCCCUCGUAGGGAUAUUUCAGCGACUUUGAAGGGUAGUAAGAAGCAAAACGAAAGUAAAGAUAGAUUCAAUUCAAGUUGAAAUUUCUUUGUCAUUUGUGGAGUAAGCAAUUUAUUCAAAUCAUAAGCUGCGCGCUGAGCUAAGAAAGAAACGGGUUUUUCGGUCUGGCUGUAUAAAGUAUAAAUAUAAAUUCUUCUUCUGAGCCCCUGGAUCCCUUUGAAUCGAGUUGAUGCAAUAAGAACAUUUGAUCAGCUUCACUUGUAUAAAUUAACAGAUAAGUGCAAUGAGUGAUGCGAUAGACAACUGUUAAAGCUAAAAGUUCGUAUAAGUACAUAUGAAUAAAGCUAAGCAAAAUUAAUUGUGCUUCAUGCUCCGAUACUGGAACUGUCCAAAGAAGAUUAUUUAAUGAGCAAGUAUCUUCAAUUCAUCUUGAAUCAAUUAUAUGUUUUAUCUUUGAUUUAGUCUAGCGAUGCAUCUCAGAGGACUAACAAAUAGAAUGGUUCUGUAUGCAUGCCAGGGAUUUUUUGUACAUAAAGGCAUUCUUGUAAAAUGUACUUGUACAACCAGUGAUCUUAAUAAUUUAUUCAUUAGUCUUUAUUUGUAAGAAUUAGAUUAAGCUACCAGAGUUCAAAUAUAACAAAGGUUAAGUUUGAGUUAG